AUGGCGAUGCAAAGCGGCGUCGCUGCAUCUAAGGUCCUUGUUCUCGUCGGAGCAGCAGGUGCGACUGGAUCUAUCAUCUUGAGGAGCGGGAGUAUAUCUGAUUUGCUAUCUCAUCUUCAAGUGUUGAUAAAAACUUUAAAUGAAGCUGAAGCAUCACCCGGGAAGUAUGAUGCCGCAUUUUUAGCUGCUCAGGUUCGGCAAUUGGCUAAAGAAAUCAAGGAGUUAAGUUUAUCCAAUCCCGUCACUGUAUUUAAUGGGAAUUCAUCCUCCAGCGGUAUCUGUGCAUCAUAUAUAUUGCCUACAGCAGCUUUGGGUGCUAUGGGGUACUGUUACAUGCGGUGGAAGGGAUGGUCAUUCUCGGAUAUGAUGUUUGUGACCAAGAGUAACAUGGCAAAUGCUGUUGCAACCGUGUCAAAGCAGUUAGAGAACGUUUCAGAAGCAUUAUCUUCAACAAAGAAGCACCUGACAAAGAGAUUGGAAAACCUGGAUUGGAAACUGGAUGAGCAGAGGGAAAUAUCAAAACUUAUUUCCAGUGAUGUUACUGAAGUGAGGUCUGAUCUUAAUCAAAUAGGGUAUGACAUUAAUUCGAUCCAGGAGAUGUUGUCUGGUUUGGAAGGAAAAAUCGAGCUUCUUGAAAACAAGCAGGAUAUGACAAAUUCAGGUUUGUGGUAUCUGUGCCGAGUGGCAGGAAAUAUCCAAGACAGUCCGAGUUCUAAGGUUAUUCAGGAUGUUGGGGUAAAGCUAAUAGACAGGACAACUGUGAUUCCAGAGGGGGAGAAGGUAAAGGGGCUUCAGUUCAUUGUUGGAAAUGAUGAGUUGAGUGCUAAACAGAAAACAACUUCAACUAAGGAUGGAAAAGGUGUUGAUAAUAUUUCUGCCCAGAAAGUGACUGCAACAAAAAUGAGAAUCCACCGGUCUUAUCCAGUUGGCCUAUCUUUCGCCCAGAACAUCGUGGGUUAA